AUGGAUCUUCCUACCAUACCGGACCGAAGUCGUGGCACGGGCAACCAAGACCUCACACUCACGCCAAAAAAUACACACAUUCACUGCGACUCAUUCCGUGCAAACACCCCGCCCCAUAUAAACACACCAAAUCACUCCCACAGCCCUCCCCCACCACAAACACCUCACACGCCUGCAAGUACAGCUCCGAACGCUUGCACUGUCGACGAGCCAUCAUACACCAGAGUAGCUGUACACACGGCCAAGUGUACCGAGUGCGACAAACGCAACAUGGAUACCAUGCGGCGUUGCCCCGGCUGUACCUUUCAGGUCUGCCAGCCAUGCUAUGAGAAACGUCAGCGUCAAGGUAAGGGACUUGUCCAUGGCAACAUGCCAUCCCCCGAGGAGACUGGAGUUGCGACUCCAAGUGGUGCUGGAGCGAGGGCGUCGAGGAAGAAGCCAGUAGGUAGUGCAGCCAAGGCCAAGAGUUCCGAGGAGGUCGACGAGGAUGAGUCGAAGGAGUGUGCGGACAGUGCUGUCAAGGAAGGCAAGCACACUUCCUUUGUACCCAAGCCGACAGCAGGCAAGCGGUCACGCGGCCGCUCUUGCGUUAAGGACAGCGAGGCGGAAGAGUCGUCUGAGGGUGAGGGCGAGCUCAACCACGCAUAUCCCACUCCCAGUAAACGACACCAGACCCUCUCCUUUGCCGAGAGUGCUCUCGCAACCGCCACCAGGGCACCGCCAACCACUCGUGCUGCUUCGCGAUCAAACCCAAAUAUAGCGUACCCAGCGCCUCUAACCCCACAGUUGGAGACUGCGCGGCCCCGGGUCCCAGUCACUUACUCGCGCGAAGAUUACCCCUACGACGAUCUCUUAUAUCAAAACUGCGUCGUUGGCUACGACGAGCCGCUGCUAACCCGCCGCGAGCCCGUUACACACAACCCAGCCGGACGCAUCCCAGCCAUCAUGCAGCGAGGCGGCCGCCGUCGACCCACAGCCGACGAGAUCUACCAGAACAUCCAGAAGAAGGUUCGCGAAAAGUUAGAGAAGAUGGAAGCUGAUAAGUUGGCUGCGGGCGAUACAACGCCCAGUGUACCUGCUCCACACGUAACUCCAGACUACAAGACUGCCACUACUGUCCGCGACUUCGUUGAGAAAGAAGCAAAGAGGCACCAGGAGGCCAACAACCUUGGCGGAGACGACAGCAAAACCCUGCUCCGUAUUAUGUUGAUUGAAGCAAUGGGAUGGGGAAAGAAAACAUUUAAGAAACAGGAAUAUGGACCCCGGCGUCUGCUACUUCCGGGCUUGAACCUGCGUCUUGACAGGAUCCCCAACAAGUACACUACCGAACUGGGCGUCUUGAUGGAUGGAGUUGCGGAGCACGCGUUGCAUGAGUUGGAUGAAGCGGCGACUUUGUCUGCGACCUCGCCGCCACCUCCGUCCGGCUGA